AUGGGUAUUGUUGGUCACUGGACACUCAAUCCUCCUGAAAAUGAGAUGAAACUCAUGACCAACAACUUGUCCGCAAACCUUAUUUUCAUUUUUAAGAUUGAUUACAUGAUGGGUUCUUCAAUCUUCCUUCUAUGCUGCCUUCUCAUAUUCUCUUUAUAUUCCCUCUCCCAACACACAGGCUACUCUCUAGAUGCUACGGCAAUACGCAAGUUGAGCAUGCCAGCCCCUCUCCAUGAUCACAAAACCCAGGUACGUUAUGCCCCUAACUAA